AUGACUAUUCAACCCUCUGCCACCUUGCGCUCUAUCUAUUUUGUUGCCUUCUAUCGCGAUUCCCAGUAUCAUGUCUGCUCGAAACAGCCGCAGAUAAUUGGUCUAACUGCAGUUGAGGCAGAUUUGGCACAUUUAGAGCUGGUUUCGUAG